AUGGAGUUCAUUCCAAUCAAUCAUCCCGCUCAAAGCUCCUUGACCGACUUGAGACGACGAGCUCAUUCCCACGCAGCUCGUGUUGCACACGCCCGAGCCAGAAAGGCACAGGUGGCCAAUUUCAUGCGCCAGAAGGAACUCAGUGGAGAAAAGUGCCACAACAAGCAACAAUCACACGAUCAACCUCCAGAUCAGUCCUGGACCGCCGUAACUCACCAACAGGUGAAUCAGACCUCCGGUAGUCACCCGGAUCUAACACCAAUUGCCCAAAGUAUCACCUCCGACACGGUUGAUCACGGACCAUUUGGAAAGUUUUUACAAUCAUUAACAUUCGUCGAGCAUUUUAUGUUCAACCACUAUGUUCAGGUGGUCCUUCCCUACUUGAACUUCCACUGCCCGGUGUUGAAGAAUGUGGGGGAAUCUAGUGAAUACAUGAGGAAGAAUUGGAUAUUCCUCUCCUCCACCGAUGCCGACUUUUUACAGGGCUUCUUGCUUGCGGCCUGCCGUCACCUGUCCAUGGUCAAUUUGGACGGGGAUUAUGCGCAAUUCGCUAUACAAUACAAGCUGAGAUAUAUUCAGAGUCUUCGACAGGCAAUCUCUUCAGAUAAUCCAUCAUCAUGCCGCAUCGCUGUGACGAAAGCGCUGGUUCUAACGCUAGACGAGAUUAUGCUGGGCGAUCUCUCAAUGGCCUCGAAACAUGUUGUAGCGGCUGUCAAUAUCAUCCAAAUGUGCGGAGGGUCUCGAGCUCUCGGUUUGAGUAACUUUGUUAUCUAUAUUCUCAAUAACUGUAUCAAAGGGAAACGUCUUCUGGAGCCCCAACCAAGCUCUAGUUGUACCGAUACUUUUAUGAAACCAGGGUCCAUUUGA